AUGGAGAAAGUCGAUAAGAAGAUAUCGAGGUUCUUACAGUGCCCUCUUUGGGCUCAAGUCCUCGCUGACGUGCAUCACGUGAGAUUCGAGACCACCGAGUGGUUUGAUCGACUUGAGGGCUCCGCUCAGAGGCUGGACAAUGAUUCCCCCUUGCAAUGGCUGAGGGCAGAUCCCGAAAUGGAGUAUCUUGCUGAGAUUCAUUUUAAUCAACCUGUACAGAUGUGGAUAAAUCAAUUGGAGAAGGAUAAAGAUGUUGUGGCUCAAGCAAAAUCAAUCACAGCACUAGAGUUGUUCCCUCGACUUCUUUCAAUUAUUAAUGCUUUAAGUAAUCUCCUUUGUGAUUCUCAGGCCUUUUGGCGUGUUCGGAUUGAGGCGGCUUUUGCUUUAGCUAGCACAGCAUCCGAGGAAACUGAUUGGGAUGGUUUACUGCAUCUAAUUAAAUUUUAUAAAAGUCGAAGAUAUGAUGAGAAAAUUGGACUCCCAAAGCCAAAUGACUUUCAUGAUUUUGCAGAGUAUCUUGUACUCGAGGCUAUUCCACAUGUUGUAGCUUUGGUUAGAGCAGCAGAUAAGAAGAGCCCUCGUGAAGCUGUUGAUUUCAUUUUACAACUAUUAAAAUACAAUGAGAACAAUGUGAAUCCGUAUUCUGAUGUUUUCUGGCUUGCUGCAUUAGUCCAAUCAGUCGGUGAACUUGAGUUUGGACAACAGACUACUGCAUAUGCAUAUGUGUUUAUGAUUGCAGCAUGCUAUAUCAAAUCCAAUGAUAUGAGAAAAGAAAACAAAUAUACUGAUAAUCAAAGUGUUGAUAGAGCAUAUCAUAUUGGACAGAAGAAGGAUGUUAUUGUAUACCGUUUGAUGACUUGUGGUACAGUUGAAGAAAAUAUAUACAGACAACAGGGGGUAUUCAAAAGUGCUACCGAAGACAAAGAGCAAAUUCGCAAUUUCGAUUAUUGGGAUCUUAAGGAGUCUUUCAGUCUCCCCGAGCAGGGUUUUGAUGUUUCUCUAACUCAGCAACAGUUACAUAAAGAGCAUGAUUCUGAACCCGGAAUGUUUGUAAUUCCUUUAACCCUUCAUUUGAAAUAUGUUCACUAG